AUGAGCGAUCAACACCGCCAUCUUGCGCCGGGGCCCUCGCCGACCUCGCCAACGUCGGAGCAUGGAAGCCCGCCUCGAGAUGCGAGGACUUCGUCGGGGUCGUGGAAGAAGAGGGUGUCGACGGCGUGUUUGGCGUGCAAGAAGUCCAAACGCAAGGCGAGUUUCUUUCCAUUCGAACUAUACCCAUGGAUUUAUGCAUUCAUCCCAAACUCUAUCAAGACAACUGACAAACACAGUGCUCGGGCACACCACCCUGCGAUAACUGCCGCGCCUUCAACCGGCUACCACCGCGACCUCCUAAACGACCUCUUCAAGGUAGUCCGCGAAGCCGAUGAGCCACAAGCUUUACGGCUCCUGGAAAUUAUCCGGCACAACGCGCCGCCGGAGGAGAUCCGCGCCUUCAUCAACGAGACGCUCGCGAGCCUGAGCGGCUCACGCGGCGGUGCCGGCGCCGGCGCCGCUGCAACGCAGGAAACCGUCGCCAAGCUCGAGGAUAUGCGGCAGCUGAUCAAUGUCGAGGGUGCCAGUCCUGCGUUUCGUCGCAAGGUUAUGGAUAUCCAUUACCUCUGCGAUGAGGCGCCGUGUAAGGUGCCGGCCUGGCCGUGGACGUCUGUUACCGAGGACGGGGAUCUCGUUUCGCAUCUGGUGUCCUUGUAUUUCUCGUGGGAUUAUCCGUUCCAUGCAUUUUUGGAUGCCGGUGUUUUCAUCAAGCAUAUGGCUCGUGGGGACUUGUCUUCGGAGUUUUGCAGCCCGUUUCUGGUCAAUGCUAUCUUGAGCAAUGCUUGUUACUUCUCUGAGUUCUCAGAGGCCUAUGUCGUCCCUGGAGAUAUCUCCUCCAAGGGCAGUGAUUUUCUGGCCGAGGCAGAGCGGCUCAAGGAAGAGGAGCCUGCACAGCCCAGUCUGGCUUCGUUGCAGGGCACCUUGCUGAUGUAUGAACGCUACUCAAUGUCACGGAACGACGAUCUUGGAUACACCAUGCUGCAUCAGGCCAUCCGGAUGGGCGAGGUACUAGGGCUAGUCGGGAGCAAAGGACCGCGCAUGACAUCCGAACAGUUCUCCGAGGACAUGGAUAUUUCGAGCAAGCGGACGGCAUGGGGAUUAUUCAAUGUUGAUACGAACGUAAACAUCUUUGUCCCUUUCACACCCUGA